AACGUCAUUUACAGAUCGGCAACGUUGUGCAGACGUCUACAAUUCUACAACAUAGACAAACGACCACAUGAGGGUUGUAUCGUUUUUAAUAUAAAAUUAGUUGUUAUUCAAAAGCUAUCGGCAGUUAUAAGUGUUGAUUUAGUGUUAUAGUUUAAUAUACUAAAUUUGUUAGUGCAGCAACGUUGCGUAAUUCGCGUUAAAACGUGUUUUGACGAAAGUGCGCGUUAUACAUAUCUAGAAAGCAUUGGAUUGUUUGGGGUGUCUGGCGUCGUAAUUUUCUAAAUAAACACCUUUCGAUGACCUAUUUUACGCCAGUGCUCUAGUUUUUCGUGCAAAAAAGUGAACUCUAAUGCCCUUGAAAAUAUGUAAUGAGUGUUUUUAAAAUGUUGAUUAUGUUCUUUAAAAGUAUCGGCCAACAGCAAAUAAGUGGGGGCGAGGUUCUUCGUUGUGGACUUUACAAAAAAUUGAAAACAUUGCGAAAGAAAUGGUUCGUUUUACGUGCCGAAACACCUGAAACGUCAGCUCGUCUGGAAUAUUAUGAUUCGGAAAAGAAAUUUCUCAGUGGUCAGCCUCCCAAAAGAAGCAUAGUAUUGAAAACUUGCUUCAAUAUAAAUAGGAGGAAGGACACUAAAUACAAGCAUGUCAUUGCACUGUAUACAAAGGACGAUUGUUUUUGCGUGGUGUUAGACACUGAGGAAGAAUUAGAGUCAUGGUUGAAGGAACUCUUGUCACUUCAGCAUGGCGAAGAAGAUGCCGAUGGAGAACCGCCAAAACCAACCUACGAACACGUUUGGGACGUGACGAUCGUCAAAAGGGGUUUGGGAUGGACGAGAUCGGGCAAUUAUCGAUUAUGCCUUUCGAGCACCAUGUUGUGUUUGGUAAAUCAAGAUGGCAACAGUAAUUUGGAUGUUAAUUUCAUGUUGUGGCAUAUUAGGAGUUGCGGCAUUUUGAAAAGCUUCUUUUUCCUGGAGCUUGGUAGAUACAGCCCCAUAGGUGCUGGAGAAUUUUGGAUAACCUCAAUCGACAGCGCCAUAACUCAAAAUAUGCACGCCAUCAUUUAUCGUAAUAUGGGACAAAACAGGAGAUUGUUGGAAAUGCGCGUUAGAUCGUCUUCGGCUACGGAAUCUUCGAAACCCGCUGCUAAUGCCCAGCCGGUUACAACGUCGUCUAUAACCAAGGCGACUACAACACCGAUUAUCACAGCUCACAGUCGCGAAAGAUGUGACAGCAUGCCAUCUAGAACGAGCGAAGGUACCCAUUUGCCCCACUGGAAACCGUACCUAGCGCCGUAUCGCUCCUACCUAUCCCGCAGUCCCCCCGUGGCUAGUUCGGUGAGUCCUCCAAGUAUAGGAUGCUCGACGGAUUCGACCGGAUCCACGUACAGCAUAUCGGACGAAACGACGGAAUUGUUGUGCGUGGAAUGUUCAGAUACCGGAAGAUACAACAACAAUACUCUAACACCGGAAGAAGCCAUAGCCGAAGAAGAUUGCCCCGAAACGUCGCGAUAUUCCACCAAUAACGGAUACGUCGAUAUGGCGUGUCGUAACGAUAUAAACUCCCCAGCUACAAGUGUGAGUAGCAUAGUUUCCGGCACGCCGUCCACCGAUAUCCGUUUCUCCGAUUAUCCCUUGGAGAAGGUCUGCUCGUAUCUGAUCUGCGACGAAGACGACGCCAGACCGGCCAGGGCUUAUUCCUUCGGAUCGAAACCCGAAACUUCCAAAACUAAAAAACAUGUGGAUUUAUCAGAUAGCGCUAGAGUUCGAGCGUUCAGUAUGGGUUCUAAUGCUAAAAAAUGGCCGAGCAGGAUUUUGCAUUCCCAUCAUCAUCCGAGUUUGAAAUCCACCAGCGCUCCGCUUUUGAGUAACACGAGGAGUCACAGUUCUCACAGUUCCAGUGAUCGAAUGGACGAUUUGAUGGAGCUGGAUUUCUCCAAAGGUGCCAAUAACGCUUACGCAGGUCCUAAACCCAAUACAACUGCCAAUAAUGGUUACGUCGAAAUGAAACUCGGUGUGGAGAUAGCGCCGAAACAUCGCGAUGUAUCUCCGUACGUGGACAUGUCCGGUUCGGCUUAUAUGGAUAUGAGCGGCAGCUCCCCAUCGUUAAGACCCGAACAGGAGUAUAAUUCUUUCGUCGACAUCAGCAGACAAUACAAGUUACCAUCGAACAACAACUACGUCGUCAUGGACGCUAGAAGGAAUCGAAUAAAUUCCGCCACGUCACCGACGUCCAAUUCCGAUUACUUCGACAUGUCGAGCGGCGCGAACAAUUCGCGUAGAUCGGAACGCGGAUCUUCGUUUUCUUCUCAAUUGUCCAACGCUUCCUCGCCACGCAACAACGAUUACCUUCCGAUGUCGUUCUCCCCCCAGGACAACCCUCGAACCACCCCCGAAGGUUACGUCGAAAUGUCGAUGGGAAAGAAACAUCAACGCCAAGGCAGUUUGGACGGUUGUCAAUCGUCGGGACACAACGACGAUUAUUUAAACAUGUCGGUGGUGCCGAAGAAGAAACCCACGAAAAAUCAAACUUCCCAACCGAUUUCCAUCCUACCGACCGCCGUUCAAUCCUCGAAGAAUUCCUCGAUGUCGUUUUUGGGUAGGAAAUCAUCCACCGGCACCCCGCCCAAGAUGCAUUUACCGCUGUCGUCUUGGUCGCCUUCGUCGCUAUAUUCGAGUUUGCCUCGCACAAGAGCUCGAAAGGAUUCCAAAGAUAGUUCGAGUUCGAGCGUAACGACGCCGAGCAGUUCCAGUACCAUAUUUCCGUUGAGUCUCAAUAGUCCGAGUUCGCCUUUGAAGGCGAACAAACCGGAAACGCCCUCUUCGAAAAUAACCGCCUCCAUAUUGAACAUGUACAAAUCGACCAGCAAACCGACGCCGUCCGAAGAUUACGCCGUCAUGGAUUACGAAAUUAACCGAAACGAAAAGAAUAAAGAAAAUACGGAUUACGUUAAUUUUUCGCCGGUAUGCGAUAGAUUGGUGAUGAGCAACUCGAUGGAUCCGAAGGAUAAGCUCGAUAGGAACGCGAGGAAGGAACGUUCCUCGGGGGAUUACGCCGUAAUGCAACCGGUCGCCGGUAGGGUUAGAGAUCAUUCGGAUAGAAGGGAUAGUUUGGAUACUAGCCCUUUGAUAGGACACCUUUCUAUGAUUGGUAUCAAGGAGAGUCAAUCCAUGUGUUUCCAACCUAUCAAGGAAGAUCUAGCUUCGUCGCCGGUUAACGAAGUCUCUAGAACAACUAGCGAUACCUCGGACUACAUGGAAUUGGGAGUAUCAUCAUCGACGACGAAAAUUUCCCGUCCGAAUUCGGUGAACGGCGAAUCGAAGGAAUCGCGCCUAGUUACGGACAAACCGCGUCCCUCUUCGGUAUCUUUAGACAAUUCGCGUACGGUGACGUCGCGACCCAGUUCGACCACCAGCGAGCAAUGGUCGUCGUCGUCGACUUUGGUGAAUUCGCGACCGGAAUCCGUGAAUUCCGAUACGAUAAAAGACGUUAAAGAAGAAUCGACGCAAAACAAUCGACUCGUUUACGCCAGUUUAGAUUUAGUUAAACAAGAAGAAGGAGACGAAGAAGAAGAAGAAGAAAACAGGGCCGAAGGUAGCGCCGAACAAUCGACUUUUGUUUACGCCGAAAUCGAUUUCGUCAAAAGUGAAGGUUUAAAACAGAAUAACCAAAGUUUAGGUAGUGCCGCCGGCAACGCUAAAGUUAAGCAUUAAAUCGAUCGAUUUUGUGUUCAAUAGAAGAUCGGACGUGUCGAAGGCGCAAUGCAAAUUCGGGUAUUUGAUAAAAAACUUUAUCUCCGGAGGUAUUUUACACCGUCGACGACUUUACAACACGCGUAAGGCAGAAACUAACGAUACGCACUGUAUAUUUUUACCUCAUUUGGAUUUGCCGAAUCUGAUAUAUUUUAUUUUGGCACUUUUCGAAUCUGUCAUUUGACUUUUGGUGGUUUUCCUACUUGUCUACUUUGUUUUUUAUGAAAAGUUCAAUUCUAAUGAUCGUACUUUGAUUUAUAUCUCGUUUGGUGGUUUUAUUUUGGCACUAAUUGAAUCUACUGAUUUUAUUUUGGCACUAAUUGAAUCUACUGGUUCCAUUUUACUCGAUAUGACAAUUGCAUUAUGACAUUUUUAUUAUUUUAAUCAAUUUAUUGAAGCUUCAUUUGAAUUUGCCGAAUCUGAUCAUUUUAUUUUGGCACUUUUCGAAUCUGUCAUUUGACUUUUGGUGGUUUUCCUACUUGUCUACUUUGUUUUUUACGAAAAGUUCAAUUCUAAUGAUCGUACUUUGAUUUAUAUCUCGUUUGGUGGUUUUAUUUUGGCACUAAUUGAAUCUACUGAUUUUAUUUUGGCACUAAUUGAAUCUACUGGUUCCAUUUUACUCGAUAUGACAAUUGCAUUAUGACAUUUUUAUUAUUUUAAUCAAUUUAUUGAAGCUUCAUUUGAAUUUGCCGAAUCUGAUCAUUUUAUUUUGGCACUUUUCGAAUCUGUCAUUUGACUUUUGGUGGUUUUCCUACUUGUCUACUUUGUUUUUUACGAAAAGUUCAAUUCUAAUGAUCGUACUUUGAUUUAUAUCUCGUUUGGUGGUUUUAUUUUGGCACUAAUUGAAUCUACUGGUUUUAUUUUGGCACUAAUUGAAUCUACUGGUUUUAUUUUGGCACUAAUUGAAUCUACUGGUUUUAUUUUGGCACUAAUUGAAUCUACUGGUUUUAUUUUGGCACUAAUUGAAUCUACUGGUUUUAUUUUGGCACUAAUUGAAUCUACUGGUUUUAUUUUGGCACUAAUUGAAUCUACUGGUUCCAUUUUACUCGAUAUGACAAUUCCAUUAUGACAUUUUUAUUAUUUUAAUCAAUUUAUUGAAGCUUCAUU